AUGUUCAGCAUCGGAACCGCCUACGCCCUCAGUAUCGUGCAGUUCGAGCUACCUAGACUUCUCAAAGUCUCUCACGAGUGGUCUUUCGCCCCCUUCGGUGCAGCCAGCGCCGGUCUUGCAAUCGGAGUCGCGACAGCCGCCUCCUCAAUCUCAAAGAAUGGUGCCCGUUCUGCUGCGGCGAGAGGCCUCCUCGCCGGGCUGUUUAUCGGUGGAAUCGGCGUAGGAUGGACAUACCUCGCCGUUAUCAUCAUGGUUGGCCAAGCAUUCCCGAAUCGUCCACUGGCAAGAAGCGCCAUAGGACCUUUGGGCUUCUCUUCGGGCGCGGCCGCCAGCUUGGCCUUAUCUUCGUUCCUCAGAUUCAACACGCGAAGUGUGGAGGAUGUUGGCGGCUUCCUCAAGAUUGGGGGUGUGACAUUCAUAGCCGCUGGGGUCGCGACACAGCUGUUGUUACCCAGCGAUACGACCAAUGAUCAACGGCAAGCACCAUCUGCGCCGCUCGCGAAGAAGCCCGAGAACUUUCUGAAGGGCACCUUCUGGAUCUUGCUCUUCUUCAACGCCUUGCCUGGAAUGGUGGCAUUCUCUACUCUCCUUCCGGGGGUCUCGCACUACAGGUCGACAGAUCAAGACGGUUCUGGGAAUUACCUGCCUUACACGAUGGCCGCACUCGCCAGCGGAGGACUCCUCGCGACCCCUCUCAACUCUACUUUCGGAACCAAACGCACCUUCAUCGUCUUUUUCUCCAUCCGGGCCAAGCUGUUGAUCGCUCUGUGGCAAACGUCGAACCAAGCCUUGGCCCUCGUCACACUCUGCGCAAUCCUCUUCGCCCAUGGGGCGGGCUUCAGCAUCCUUCCUGGUUUGAUCAAAUCUCGAUUGGCUGAGCCAGCGAACUUUCCUCAAGAGUACGGUCGCGUUCUCACGGCAUGGGGCGCAGCGGGAGUUGUCGCCGGCGGUCUCAACGCCACUGUGAACACUUCUUUUGGGAAUCUAGAGACGUUGAGUCUUGCGAUGGGGUCGAUUCUGCUGGUUACCGUUGUUGGUAUGGUAGUCACUCCUCUCGGCGUGUAA